CUUGCGAUGUUGGAACUCAUUUGGUCUCCCAUAACCAAGUCUUCGGCAUACUCAGCUCUGCAGCUCCUCAAAGCCCCAAUUUGUCUCGCCAAACGAAAACCCUCGCAAAAUCUCUGCAACCCCUUUGCCCUUGGCAGCUUCAGACGAAAAUGGUGAAAAAAAACCCAGAACUCCUCCCAAAGGUAGAGCACCCCGAACUGCUCCCAAAAGUAGAGCCAACACUCGCAAAAGACGUAAACAAGAAGAAGAGGAAGAAGAAGAACCCUCAGAAACCAAUCUUAAUCUAUGUUGAUGCUGAUGUAAAUCCCAUUAUUGAUGCCCAAAAAUCUAUUGUAAUAAAUCAAGCUCUACAGAAGUCAGCAAUAAAGGCAAAUCCAGAGCCAGUGCCAAUUCUCACAGCAGUCAAAAGCAAGAAGAGGAAGAGAAAGAAGAGCAAAACCACAGUCCCUGUUGAUGCGGCAAACCAAGUUGAUGUUGCAGCCCAAGUUGGUGCGGCAGGACAAGAAGAUGCGGCAAAGAAAGUUAAAGUUGAUGCGGAGCUAGAGCCAAUACUCACAGCAGUCAAAAGCAAGAAGAGGAAGAAAAAGAAGAGCAAAACCAAGAAGAGGAAGAAAAAGAAGAGCAAAACCAGAGCCCCUGUUGAUGCGCCAGAGCCAAUACUCAAAGCAGUAAAAAGCAACAAGAGCAAAACCAAAGCAGUCAAAAGCAAGAAGAGCAAAACCAAAGCAGUCAAAAGCAAGAAGAGCAAAACCACAGCGGCAAAGAAAAUUGAUGCGGCAAAGAAUGUUGAAGGGCCAAAAUAUGUUGAAAUAUGUGUGAUAUGCCGGAAAAAAGGGCAUCUCAUCCCAACUUGCCCUGAGCUGAACGAGAAGAUUGUUCCCAACCCGAACCACAAUACUGAACAGAAAAAGGAAUCCGGGAAGAAGGGUUCUGCGCGCCCUCAGCCUCCUCAAGAUGUGAAAAUGAGGAAAGGUCAAGAGGACAGGUUACUCGUUACUGGUUGCGCUCUUCAGGUUGAUCCCAUGGCAGAUGAGACGUAUGGUGGUAAAGAAGACGAGUCCACUGUGAAACUGAAAGAGGGCCAAAAGGACAGGUUACUUGUGACUGGUUGCGCUCUUCAGGCUGACCCCAUGGCAGAUGAGACAUACGAUGGUAAAGAAGACGAGUCCACUGUGAAACUGAAAGAAGGCCAAGAGGACAGGUUACUUGCGACUGGUUGCAUGCUUCAGGUUGAUUCCAUGGCAGAUGAGACGUAUGGUGGUAAAGAAGACGAGUCCACUGGUGAAAGUUUCACAAGAAAGUCAUGUAAAAUCAGAUAAAAAACAGGAUCCUGAAGUAGCGAAUUCUGGUGCAUGAUGAUUUUUGUAACAUGAAAUUCAUGGGAUUUCUUGUAAUUCCUUUUUGUUUAUGAUCACAGUUGUCCGACAUGUCUUUGCUUUGUAUUGUGAACUUUUUUCCUGGAGUAGCUCUGACCAUUUACAUUACAUGGGUCUGAAAUUGUCAACCAUCCAGGUUCUUUUUCAUUGGAUAUGUCCUCCUUGUGGGUUCUCUCACCUAAUGCAGUUUCCAUGGUUAUUUAUUGUACGGAUGCGAUGAAUUGGUGUAGAUGUAUGAAAUUGUAUUGUCGUGUGUUUUUUU